AUGUUCCGAUUCCGAUGUGAGAUAGGACUAACAGAGCCAGUUGGGGAAGAGUUAACUGCCCCUGCAGCUGCAAGAGAGAUCGUUUCUGCUUUGUGGCGUUUUACUUACCCUUCGACUAGUGGAUCCGAUGACCCGUUUUUCAACCCGGGUAAAGAUUCAAAGUUGGGGGAAUUGGGUUGUGUGAAAGUGCUGGUUUUUGUUGCUGAGAAAGAUAUCUUGAAAGAUAGAGGAUUGUAUUACAGUGAGAUACUGAAAAAGAGUGGGUGGAAAGGGGUUGUGGAGCUCAUAGAAGCAAUGGGGGAGGGGCAUGUGUUCCAUUUGGAAGAUCCAACUUGUGACAAUGCUGUGGCCAUGGAGAAAAAGAUUGUCGCUUUCUUGAAUUAG